GCCUUGGAAGGCUUGUUAAUGAUGCAGAGGAAAAGAUGGCAAAUUGCAAAAUAAAAAAAAUACAGCACGGCAAACCACACUUAGCAAUUUAUGCUAAAAAAGACAUAACCUGUGAUGAGGAGUUACACUACGACUAUCACUAUGGUGUGAAGGACCUUCCUUGGCGUAAGACUCAAG